AUGUCAGCCAUGCUGGGGUUCCUGACUGUGCUGCUCUGGGCUACUGUGGCGUAUUCCGACAUUAGUCCCAUGACUGACUUCUGUUUGGAUGGGAUGAAAGGAAAGUGGUACAAUAUUGGUGUUGCCUCAAAUGCAAAAUGGUUCACCACUCAUAAAGCCAACAUGAAGAUGGGAACCGUCCAAGUAGAGUCUACAGCCGAUGGAGAUCUUCACGUGACCUUCACUUAUUUGCAGAAAGGUUCCUGCUGGGAAAAGAGCCACGUUGCUAAGAAGACUGACACUUCUGGAUGUUUUUUUUAUCACAGCAAACACUCGGGAAGUAACAAUGACAUGUGUGUAAUUGAUGCCAAAUUUGAUGAGUUUGUCAUCAUACACGUGACCAAUACCAAAGGGGGGCAUUCUUCCACGUACAUUAAGCUGUGUGGCCGCAGCCCACACCUCAGCAACGGUGUGGUGGAAAAGUUCCAGAAAUUCGCCCUGGACAACGGCAUCGAGUCCGAAAACAUCCUCACCCUGCCCCCAAAUGCUGAAUGCAGAGAUUAAUAACCAUCUCAUGCCUUUGAUUUGAAUCAUCUUCAGAAAUAUGUUCUAUGCAUCAAAUGAGAAUGAUCAAAGGAGGAUGAUUAAGUUUAUCUGACCAAUGGAGAUAAAGUUUAAGUAAGCUUUUGUAUCUUAUGUGUAGGACCAUCAGUCAUCAGUAAAUAAAGAUUUAGCACCACUGAGUGACUCCACAUUAAUUAAACACAAGCAAUGCACACACAACUGAACCGAGAGCAGAGGAGCACCAUUUAAAUGCACAUACAUCAUUCAUGUCUCAUAAAACAAACAAACAAAAUAAACACAAACAAACAUUAACACAUGAUCUGUGGCUUUAGAUCAAUUCCUAAUUUGUGUGAGUAGAUAUUUUUUCUUUUGCAUUUGCAGUAAACAUCAUUCUAUGCACCCUAUUUUGGCUGAGCUUGUGACGUGCUAAAAAGCAGUUGAGCAGUUAAACACUUUUCAGGUUGAAGUAGCUUCCCUCUGCUAACUUAAGACGCCUUUAUUUAGAUCAGACUCCUCAAGGAAAGCCAUCAGCGCUCCAGAGCUCACAGGCACCUUUUCUCUAUCUCCCCAGGCAUACCAACAUCACAAGAUGGUUUCAGUUCAGACCUUGUUUUUCUGUUUUCCUUGUCUAACGGUCUUGCCUCUAGCAGUCGCUCAAGAAAGCUCAUGUUUUGGGAAAAUCAAAUGGUAGGGCUCUCACAAACAUGAUGCUAUAUGAGAACGUUAUCAAAUAAAAAUUUGAACUCAUAAUCUGAUUAAUCUCAGCUACAUUUCUGAGCCCUUCCCAAUGAGUUUGUAACAGUAGAAAAAAAAACAAACUCAAGCCCACUCCAGCAAGCCGACUAAAUGUAGACAUGAAGGGCCUUUCCCACUUUCCAUC